GAUCAAGACAGUAGCUGCAGCCUGCAGGAGACGUUUUCACUUUUUGCGGGGAAAUUUCCCAGCUUUCCCUUCCGUCGAAGUUGAACAGUAAACCACUUUCUCUAAACCCUAAUUUUUAGAGAAACAAAUACGAUGCCAAGUCCAUCUCUUUCUCUGAAUUGACCCUUUCGCCAAGUAAGUUCCAUUAUUCCCCCUCUUUUGCGGUUUGCUAGAUGUUUGCUGUUUCGAGGAUGAAGGCUCUGUUUCCCCUUCAAAUUUCCCAUCCCAUUGCGCCGGCGUUGCCUCACGCUGUCGCCUUCCUCUCCGCAGCUCCCAAGUCGGCCCUUUUUUCUUUGGAGACUUGUAUGAUUUCUGCCGCGAGGCUGCUGAUCAGGAUGGUAAAACUGUAAUAAUAGCUGGCUUAGAUGGUGAUUACAUGAGGUAACCACUUAAAAGCUUACUCUUUCAAUAAAUUGUGCCUCUGGUUUCAUAUAUGAUCCCCCAUUGUUAACACAGGAGGAGUUUCGGUGCUGUUCUCGACAUAAUCCCACUUGCUGAUUCCGUGACCAAGCUGACAGCUCGCUUUCCUUGUCAAUUGAGGCUUUCUUUCAAUUGCAAACUAAUGUCCAGAUGGUCAAAUCGAAAGCUUGUUUCCUGUCCAACCAUUCAGCUGAAAGUCUUUCCUAGAAUCCCAUCUAUAAUCCUUCCCCCGCCAACCUCCCAUCGUUAUUUCUCCGAUUCUCCCUUGGAGCUCAAGGGUUCAAAUGAGGAAAAUGAAUGGGAAAGAUUGCUUAAACCAUUUGACCUCAAAGAGCUUCGAAGGACACUCAGUCAUAGAAUCACCCCUUUUCAGCUCUGCAAGCUGCUUCAUUUGCCUCUCGAUGUCUCCAUUUCCACGGAGCUUUUCAACCGGGUGGGCGCUCAGAAGGGCUACAUGCACACAUUUGAUGUAUACUAUGCUUUAAUCGAUAAGCUUGGUGGUUCGAAUGACUUCAAAUCUAUAGACAAGUUGUUGGUCCAGAUGAAGGAGGAAGGGAUUGUCUUCAGGGAGUCUUUGUUCAUCAUGAUCAUGAAGCAUUAUGGCAGAGCUGGUUUCCCUGGGCAAGCCACUAGAUUAUUGUUAGAUAUGAAGAAUGUCUAUUGCUGUCACGUCACAUUCAAGUCUUACAACGUAGUCCUCGAGAUACUCGUCGCUGGUAAUUGUCCUGUUGUCGCAUCGAAUGUUUUUUAUGACAUGUUGAGUAGAGGCAUCUCGCCGAAUGUUUACACAUUUGGAGUGGUGAUGAAGGGUCUCUGUAUGGUCAAUGAAGUGGACAAUGCUUGUUCUCUACUUAGAGACAUGACCAAGCAUGGAUGUGUGCCAAACUCUAUUGUUUACCAGACAUUGAUACAUGCUCUAUCGAAGAGGGAUCGAGUUGAUGAGGCUCUGAAGCUCUUGGAAGAGAUGUUCCUCAUGGGCUGUAGACCUGAUUUGGAUACGUUUAAUGAUGUUGUUUAUGGGUUAUGUAGGGUCAAGAGGAUCCACGAGGGUGCUAAGUUGAUUGAUCGGAUGGUUCUGCGUGGGUUUAUCCCGAAUGGAUUGACGUAUGGAUACCUAAUGGAUGGUUUGUGUAGAUCGGGAAAAGUAGAUGAGGCAGUUUCCUUACUGAACGAAGUACCGAGCCCUAGUGUUGUCCACUUCAAUAUCGUUAUCAAUGGGUAUGUGAAGAGUGGUAGACUCGAUGAAGCUAAGGAAAUUCUCUGCGGAAGGAUGAUAAACAGUGGGUUUAUCCCCGACCUCUUUACAUUCAACAUACUUAUAUGCGGGCUUUGCAGGAAGGGGUUGUUUGGUUCCGCUCUCGAGAUUGUUGAUGAAAUGGGUCGGAAAGGUGUUGAACCGAAUGUGAACACGUUCACGGCUUUGAUUGAUGGUUUCUGUAAGAAAGGUAGGCUUGAGGAAGCCAGCCAAAUCUAUGAAGAGAUGUCUGCCAAGGGACUUGGUCUGAAUACACUGGGAUACAACACUAUCCUCCAUGCUUUGUGCAAAUGUGGGAAUAUGUCUGAAGCUAUGCAGAUUUUUGGUGAAAUGUCGAGCAAAGGAUGCAAGCCUGACAUAUUUACAUUCAACACUCUAAUCUUUGGUCUUUGCAAGGCCAAUAUUAUGGAGGAUGCCAUGAGACUCUUUCAUGAUAUGGUGUUAGAAGGUGUGAUUGCAGAUAGUGUUACUUACAAUACUCUAAUUCACGCUUUCCUGAGGCGAAAUGAUAUCCAGGAAGCGAUCAAGCUUAUGAACGACAUGGUUUUUCGAGGGUGCGCUUUGAAUGAGACAACUUACAAUGGUUUAAUACGUGCACUAUGUACAGCUGGGGCGGUGGAGAAAGGGUUAGGCUUGUUUGAUGAAAUGAUCAGGAAGGGUUUGGUCCCCAGUAAUGUUUCAGUUAACAUAGUGAUCAAUGGCCUGUGCAGAGCUGGUCAGAUGAACAAUGCGAUGGAGCUUUUGCGAGACAUGAUUCAUCGAGGUAUCGAACCUGACAUCGUCACCUAUAACAGCCUGAUUAACGGUUUCUGCAAGAUGGGACGUGUCGACGAGGCAUUGAAUAUUUUCCACAAACUGGUGGUUGAAGGCAUACAACCCGAUGUUGUGACUUAUAACACUUUGAUUUGCUGGCACUGUCGAAAAGGAAUGGUCGAUGAUGCUUAUUCACUUCUGGAUAGAGGUGUCAAGAAUAAGUUUAUACCAAAUCAAGUGACAUGGAACAUCUUAGUCCAUAAUAUUGUUAAGGAUGGUAAGUGAGGUUCCCUUGCAAAAGGACCAUUUUGUGAUGACAUUUGUUUUUCUUUCUAUUAAGUGUCAGUGAAUCCUUCCUGUAAAUGGCAUGCCACUUGCUUUUCCUGUUCUUCCAUCGUCUUUUUUUAGUUUGUUUCAUGGUGGAAAUUAUUAGUAUAAGGAUGCUUGUGAAUCGAUUAAUAAUCUUCAAAUUCUGGGAUUUCUGCAAUGUGAAAAAUUUCCUCACUUUCCUCUGUUAGCUUGGAUUGCAAAUGGCCAUUUGUGCUUUGACUUGGCAGCUACUGAAAUGGAAUAUGUCAGUAUGGCUUCCUUCAUUGGUUUCUUUGCAUUUUGCUUAGCUUCGGUCAGUUUGAACAAGAAUUCUGAACUCUUCACUGAUACCUGCAAGUGGCAGCUUGGAAUGUUCUUGGGAAUGUGUCAUUUCGUGGAUUUCAUGGAUUUCGUAUAAGCAUUCUCGUAAAUGGUUGCGCAAUUGCUCUCUGCAUUUGGCUACAGCUUCUGUAUGUUGAAUUAAGGUGCUGUGUUACUUAUUUUAGAAUUAUUCAUGGAUCGUGAUGCACCUUGGUUGCAUUGGGCUUGUAUAGGCAAUGGUGAUAGUCUUCGGCUGCUGUAGAUGAAGAAAUGCAAUGCAGAAUGUUUCGGUGCACUUCUUGAUAGUCAUUGUCCUUCUGUUAUUCUUAGUUGCUAGUGGAAACAGGAUAAUAGCAGUAAUUUCGGUUAGGAAAGUAGCAGAAACUGGGGAGAGGCUUUUCACAAAUUCCAGCAGCUUUUGCUCUAACGACCUCGCUUACUGAGGGCGGGUUUGAACUUUGAUGUGAUCAUAUUUAAGCUGUUCUGAAACCCCUUUUUGAUGCUUUAUAGUAUCAGAGUUAUCGAUCUAGAACAUCCCUUUGUUUUGUGCAUCUGUAGGGUUCCCAUUUUUCCAUAUCAAAGAGUUAAAACUUCCGUGUGUACAUGUUUUGUUUAAAUGGACUGCAUUUUCUCCAUUUUCUUUCGCUUUUGCUGUCUUCCUUCUGUUGUAGCAGACAUUAUCACAAUUCACAAGACUUUCCAUCUCUUUCUCAACCUGUUGUUACUUGUUAAUGCUACCUCAAUUGUGUUUUUUUUAAAGUUGGAGCUAUGGCUCUCUAGUUUAUGACCAACUUUUGGAGAAUUGGGAAUGGCCCUUAGGCUAUACGUGGUCUCUCUGAAGGGGCUCAAGGCUAAUAGUAAUGUUACAAAGAAGCCUGCUAGGCCCGAGGUGGCGGUUGCGAUCAAUCGGCAGACGGAGCCGGUGAAGAUUUCUCUGAAGGACUGUUUGGCAUGCAGUGGAUGCAUUACAUCAGCGGAGACAGUAAUGCUGGAGAAGCAGAGUUUGGAUGAAUUCCUAUCUAAUAUCGAUAAAGGCAAAGCUAUCAUUGUUUCCCUAUCACCACAGUCCAGAGCUUCUCUUGCUGCUCAUUUCGGCCUCUCUCCACCUCAGGUGUUCAGGAAACUCACGACAUUUUUUAAGUCCUUGGGAGUUAAGGCUGUAUAUGAUACAAGUUGCAGCAGAGACUUAGCACUGAUCGAGGCUUGCAAUGAAUUUGUCAGUCGAUAUAAAGAAAGCAUCUCGAAUGAAGCUGAAAAAUCCAAAGUAUCAUUGCCUAUGCUUUCAUCUGCAUGUCCAGGUUGGAUUUGCUAUGCCGAGAAGCAACUAGGAUCUUAUAUUCUCCCUUAUGUAUCUUCUGUCAAGAGUCCCCAACAAACGAUGGGGACGAUCAUUAAGCGUCAUGCAUGCUAUAGGAUGGGUCUUAGACCGGAUGAUGUUUACCAUGUCACCAUAAUGCCCUGUUAUGAUAAGAAGCUCGAGGCAUCAAGGGAUGACUUCACUUUCGAACUUGAAUCGCCGGAACAAACCAAUGACAACGGAGCAAUUGUUACAGAGGUAGACUCGGUUUUGACAUCUGGUGAAAUUCUGGAUCUGAUAAAGUUGAAAGCGGUGGAUUUCAAAGCCCUAGAAGAAUCUCCUCUUGAUAGAAUGUUGACAAAUGUUGACGAACAAGGGCAUCUCUAUGGGGUAGCUGGCAGUUCUGGGGGUUAUGCAGAGAUAAUUUUCCGUAAUGCUGCAAAAACCUUGUUUGGAAGAGAAAUCGAAGGCCCACUGAACUUCAGAACUAUAAGAAACACAGAUUUUCGCGAAGUGUCUCUGGAAGUGGAUGGGAAAACUGUCUUGAAGUUUGCCUUAUGUUAUGGUUUCCAGAACCUGCAAAACGUUGUGAGAAAAGUCAAGAUGGGAAAAUGUGAUUACCAUUUCGUGGAGGUUAUGGCAUGCCCUGCAGGUUGCUUAAAUGGUGGUGGUCAAAUCAAGCCAAUCCAGGGGCAGUCCCCGAAAGUGUUGCUUCAAUCGAUUGAAGCCGUUUACAUGGACAAUGUUGUGAAUGCAGAUCCAUACAACAAUCCUCUUGUUCGAGGUUUAUAUGAUGAAUGGCUUGGACAGCCUGGUUCCGAGAAAGCUAAGCUAUACAUGCACACAGAAUAUCAUCCCAUCGUCAAGAGCAUAACUGCACAGUUACACAACUGGUAAAGCACUUGCUCACUUCCCAAAAUCAGAUCCCUUCGAUGGACAACGAAUAAUAGUCAUCUGCACCUCCUGCUCGGGAUCUCUUCCUUCCGUGCUAUAUAUUUAUAGGCACUGGAAUCUUUGGCAUGAGAGAGCCAUGGCUGGUUUUGCCAUGGACAAUUUAUUCUAAGGAUGAGAAGCCAUUUAAAGGCCAAUUUUGAUGAGGUAAACUUACACUUGUUCACUGGGCCGUCGUGCACUGCUUGUGUACAUUAUCUAUGGUAGAAGAAGAUGAUUAAGAGGAAGAACACAGAAUGUGAAGUCUUUAGGAAGAAGGCAUUUUAUACUUUGUAAUCUGCUCCCCUAACACUUUUUGCCCUCUGUCGGUGUUCCCUUUGAGAUUGGUGUACAUGCCUUUUUGUUUAGGUAACUCUGUUCCUGUUUCUGGGUGUUGGAUAUCAUCCAACAGGCAGUUUUGUCAAGUUAUACUCCAAAGAGAGCAAUAGUAUUGUCCUGAUGUGUAUCUAAAUUAUGGUGGCGUAUUCGGUGCACCCACUUUUUCGGGUGCACUCGGUGCACCCGCCUCAUAAUUGUCAUUCUGACCAUGCGAUUCAUGUCAAAACGGUAUCAAUUGUUGCUUAUGAUAUUAUGAACAAGAAGCACAUGAAUUUGAAAAAAAAUCAUUCAAAAUUUUCUUUAAUUUGAAGGAUUUAGGAUUUCUUCUGCUGAUGCUGCCCCCCGCCCCACCACCUUCGAGUAUGGCGGUGGCAGCUCUGCUUUCAUGGGCCAGGAUUACUUCUCUUCCCAGUUCGAGCAGCUGCGGAUCCAGAACCAGCAGAUCCUCGACCAGCAGAUGCAGUUCCAUCAGCAGUACGCGGCAGGCCAGGCCGAGUACCGGAACAGGAUGGCUGCCUAUGAUGAGCGCCUGGACAUACUCCAGACCCAGCAGGGAGUGACUCUCGCCCACAUCGAGCGGGAGAAGCGCCGCUUACGGCGCAUGCAGGAGGUUCAGCAGCACUUGCUCCAGCUGCUCCAGGGCGAGCAGCCCGGUUGGAGGACUCCGUGGGAUGACUCUCCACUUCCCCAUGCCCCAGCUGACGGUGAUGAUGGUACUGGUGGAGCUGCUAGUGAUGACGCCUUCAUGGCCGACAUCGACAUCGACUUGGAUGAUCUUGGCGACGAGUAGGCUGUACUCGUUGCCCAUCUCAGUGUGUUUUAUUUUUCGUUUUAGACUUUUGUGUGUUUGCUCCAUGUGUGAGGAGCUUGAACUUAGUGUCAUUUGUUUUUGUUUUUUGGUUUUCUUUUGUGGUU